AUGUUGUCCGUCCGCUCCAGUGUCGACAGCAUCUACAGCCGGCUCAGCGGCGAGAAGCCCCUUCCCAAGCCAGCCUACCACUGCAACAUGAACCCGGAAGAGCAGUCCCUCUGGGCCCUUAUCGGAGAAGAAAAGUACGAAUACACACGCGACAAGAAGGGCAGGGUACACAGGCGUCGUCUUACCUACGUCCAACGCGCACAGAAGCAACGUCUGUUCUUUGAGUCACGCGUGGGUCAUGCCAUUGUCGGCGAUGAGUGGAUGAGGAUGAAGCUUCCUUCCCGAAAGUGCUAG